GGUCUGUUCUGUUUCAUCCAUCGUGAUGAUAACUAGACCGGUGGCCCUUGGGCUGAGCUGCCUGGGAAUGCGUACUGUUCUGUUUUCUCUUCCUUCUCGCCUUCUUCUUCGGAUUACCUUGUCUACAUAGAUCUUUCUUUCCAAUUGAAGUAUACCCAGUGCUCAAUACCUGAAAGUGUUGAAGAAUUUUCGUCAUAGUCAGCAAGCACAAAACUCCAAGAUGCCUCACUUUGACGAAAGCAAGGCAUACGCCGUCCAGGAGGAAGUGUUCUUCGACGACGGUCGCGAGAUCGAACUCCUGCACUUUGUCUACAGCCAACCCAACCUCGAUGAGAUCCGCGGCUCGCCGGAGGGCGUGUUGAAGGCGAUUGACGACUUUGGCCGGACCAAGAAGUACCUCAUGAACGUGGGCGAGGACAAGGGCAAGAUUGUAACAGACUUGAUCGCCGAGGUCAAGCCCAAGGUGAUGGUCGAAUUAGGAGGCUACGUAGGCUACUCCUGCAUCCUCUUCGGCGCCGCCGUCCGCAAGGCCUCCCCGGGAGGCGGAGCGCAAUACUUCUCCCUCGAGCGCAACCCCGAAUUCGCCGCCGUCAUCGGCUCCCUCGUCGACCUCGCCGGCCUCACCGACACGGUCAAAGUCGUCGUCGGCCCCAGCGACGCCUCCAUCGCGCGCCUGCACGCCGACGGCACCUUUUCCAAAAUCGACCUCGUGUUCCUGGACCACUACAAGCCCGCCUACACCACGGACCUCAAGCUCGCCGAGCAGCUGGGCCUCGUCGGCCCCGGCUCCGUCCUCGCCGCCGACAACGUCAUCAAGCCGGGCAACCCGCCGUACUUGGAGUACGUCCGCAGCUCGGUGGCCGAGAAGCGCGCCGCCGCCAGAGACGUUGGCGCCGCGAGGAAGGCAGCCGGGUGGCACGACGAGCGCACGGCGAAGCAGUACGAGAAGCGCGAGGGCGAGGAGAGGCUGGACUUGUCGCGCAUCGGGAACCCGAAUCUCCGGUACGAGAGUAAGCUCAUCAACAGCUUCGAGCCGACUGGUGUGCCUGAUGGUGUUGAGAUUACAAGAUGUGUUGGCGAGGAGAAGGAAUGA